ACCUUACGACGCUAGGUCAACCACAGGGUUAUCACAGUUAUCAAGUGCACCAUAAUUAUAGACAGAAAUUCGACAUACUGAGUGAAGUUGAAGAGGUUAUGCCUUUCUGAGACUGAUAGCCAAGCAUGUACAAACAGCGGUGUGGUUGUGAGGAAGUAGUCGCGAGAGGUCGCCAGCUGUUCAUCGUCUGUAUUUCCCUCUCCUCCUCACACAAUGGCUGCUGCACCUCCCAUGUCCGACGGUAUUGGUAUCGCCAACUUGCCCAACCAGAGGCACAAAAUUGUUGCGAAGCGUGGAGCUCAUUUCACGGUCAUGGUAGUUGGUGAGUCUGGUCUGGGAAAGACCACCCUCGUCAACACCUUGUUCUCGACGGAGAUCGCUCCCCCGAAGAACUACAACCGUCGUCACGGCAAGCAACUCGACAAGUUGACGGAGGUGGAGAUCAUCAAAGCCGAACUCGAGGAGAAGCAGUUCAAGACCAAGCUCACCGUCAUUGACACGCCGGGAUUCGGUGACUACGUCAACAACCGUGACUCGUGGGCUCCCAUUGUGGACUUCAUUGACGACCAGCAUGAAGCGUACAUGAGACAGGAACAGCAACCUCAGAGGAAAGAAAAGAUCGACCUCCGAGUACAUGCUUGCUUGUACUUCAUCCGACCCACUGGCCACACCCUGAAGCCUCUGGACAUCGAGAUCAUGAAGCGCCUUGGCACUCGUGUCAACCUGAUCCCCGUAAUUGCCAAAGCGGACACCCUCACGCAAAACGACCUCGCUCUGUUCAAGCAGCGUAUUCGUGAGGUGAUCCAGGCCCAGGGUAUCCGUAUCUACCAACCCGUCGUUGAGCCUGAUGACGAGCCUGCUGCUGCUGAGCACGCUGGUAUCUUGCAGGAAGCCAUGCCCUUCUCUAUCAUCGGUUCUACGGAAGACGUCACCACCCCAGAUGGCCGUGUUGUCAAGGGUCGUGAAUACCUCUGGGGUGUUGCCGAGGUUGAGAACGAGAACCACUGCGAUUUCCGCAAGCUCCGUUCCCUCCUCAUCCGUACACACAUGCUCGACCUGAUCUCCACCACCGAGGAGCUUCACUAUGAGAACUACCGUCAAGCACAAAUGGAAGUACGCAAGUUUGGCGAACAGAAGCCCCGCAAGUUCGAGAACCCCAAGUUCAAGGAGGAAGAAGAGGCGCUCAGGAAGAGGUUCACCGAACAGGUCAAAGCCGAGGAAGCCAGAUUCAGGCAAUGGGAGCAACAUCUUAUCCAAGAGCGUGACCGACUCAAUAAGGACCUCGAGUUGGCACACAGUGCCAUCAAGGCUCUCGAGGCGGAACUCGACAACCUUCAGGCCGGUUACGGUCGUGGAACCAACAGGCGAUGAGUCAACGAGAUCCAUGCACUCGAUUGACACUCUUUUCCUACAAGGUUCUCUGAUUUGCUCUAGUUCUAGUUCUACCCUCUCUACCGUACAUAUACCCGUUACCAUACCCCUCGUAUUCCAGCUUGCGCUGUUGGCCAUUGUCACUCCUUUGUUGUCGGACUUGGUUACUGCCUCUUAUCGCCGUACUCCCAGAACUCGAUUUCUUUUUAGUUAUCCAUUUUAUCGCGUCACUCGUUUUUCUCUUGUUUCUGGUGGUGGUCCUUGCGACCACUGUUGAGGAUAAUACAGACUGCCUUGUGGCAUUUCU